CACAGUACAGCAGCACAACAUGGGUCUCUCCGUCUCAAAGCUCCUCAACGGCCUCUUCGGCAAGAAGGAGAUGCGAAUCCUCAUGGUCGGUCUCGAUGCCGCCGGUAAGACCACCAUCCUCUACAAGCUCAAGCUCGGCGAGAUCGUCACCACCAUCCCCACCAUCGGUUUCAACGUCGAGACGGUCGAGUACAAGAACAUCUCGUUCACGGUCUGGGAUGUCGGAGGUCAGGACAAGAUCCGACCUCUGUGGAGGCACUACUUCCAAAACACCCAGGGUAUCAUCUUUGUGGUCGACUCUAACGACAGGGAGCGUAUCACUGAGGCUCGUGAAGAGUUGCAACGGAUGCUGAGCGAGGAUGAGUUGAGGGAUGCUUUGCUUCUCGUGUUUGCCAACAAGCAGGAUUUGCCCAACGCUAUGAACGCUGCCGAGAUCACCGACAAGCUCGGUCUCCACUCUCUCCGCCAGCGAUCCUGGUAUAUCCAGGCCGCUUGCGCUACUUCUGGCGACGGUCUCUACGAGGGUCUUGAAUGGCUCUCCGCCAACCUCAAGAAGAAGUCUCCUUAAUCCAUUCUCCUUGCCGCUCUCCCUUUUUCGUCUGUCCUCCCGGGUGCUCAAAUGGCCGUUCAAGCCCUCUUUCGUCGCUGUCUAGCCCAAUUAUUUCUCGACUUUGAAUGAAUCUUUUCCCUUACUGUCAGCAAAAGGUGUUAUCGAGCAUAUGAUUAUGCAUUCCGUGGGACCGCG